AUGGUUGAUGAGUUGGGAGCUCGACAUGAAAACUUUUCGCAGCACAUCGCCGAAUGCACGCAUCUCAUAACCACGGAGUCGGAGGUGAAUGCUAGAUGUUUGUCAUUCAAGGUGAAAAUUGCUGCUCUGAAGAAUUGCAAGAUCGUCAACAUCAAUUGGCUUUUUAAAUCUUUGACCCAGGGCUACCCGAUCUCGGUUGCUGGGUUUGAGCUGCAAAGCAAAGAAUUGGACAGGCUGAAAAGACAGGGACUUGAAUCUUUGAAACGAAUUUGGGAAGAUGACAAGGAGGAAAUCCCGUUAGCCAAGCUCACCAAAAUCAAGCCAGCUGUCUAUGGAUUUUUUGCAGACCUGGUGGAUGAGCAAUUUCCGGCAGGUCUCCUUGUCUGGAAAUAUCCCGAGAAUGUGUACGAUGCCACCAUGGUCAAGGUUGUACCGAAGGAAUCAAGUGCAAAGCCCGCAGAUCAGACUCGCUCGGUAAUCCUCCGCCGUCAACAACUUUUGCACGAUUCCCACAUGAAUGAAUAUCAUACCUGGAGCUAUGAAAGAGUGGCUGGGGUUAUUUCAGAGGCGAAUCGUGCAGGAUUGGGCGAUCUUGAAAGUGCCAAGAGAGCAUUUGAGAAGUUGUUCAAUGAUAGCACCGGGAAUACUUGGGAUGACCGGCACAAGAAGUCAAACCCAUCCAAGUUCACUUUUGUUGAAUGCCACUUCAUGGAUGAGGAGCUCAGUCUUCAGAGACCGAACCAAGAUAAGGCAACAUCCAAGGUGAAUGAGGUGAUUGACUUGAUUACUGGGCAAAUUGGUGGCAGCAAGAGUUUUGUGAAGAAGUUAGUGCCAUUGAAGGGCACUCAACAGACUGAAGUCCCUGUCACGCCCAGUAAACACCAACUGCGGGUCUGUCUUGCAAUCUUGAAGCAGCUGCUGGCUCAUUCGGACUUCACGAAAGAGAAAGCCACGAGAGGAAAGACCGUGACUACUCUCAUUGAGUGCUAUCAAGCUUUGGUAACCUCUCCUGAGCUGAGCACCUCCGUUGAUCUUGAAUGGCUCAAGGAUGAAUAUGACCAUCUGUCGUACCAAAGAAUCAUCUCCUGGGCCCCUCAACAAGAGGUGAGCUGUCCUGGCUGGACUUCAACGCACCUUGCGCAGCAUGCAUAUCGAGCCCUCGGUCUUCGCACCAUGCGUCUAGGCGAGUCUUUACUUUCCGACUGCAAUUGCUUCUCCUUGGGAGUCGUUCUGCUCUUCGCAAAACUAAUCUGUGCAAACAGUGGAUCCAUCUACUAUCGAGCACAAGCUGCUCUCGAAUUAUUUUCGUUUCUCAGCGGGGGGCUCGCCAUACUAUCCCGUUCCAGCAAGAAAGAACUGGAACCAGCUCCGUGGCGGGGGAGAACGUUCCUGAUGCUUCUCUGUGAAGUCAGCAUCGAAAAGGCAGCUGAUACUAGUAAGGCUAGAUAUCGCGAUGCCAAGUGUAUCCACCCUGAUCUUGAAGGUGUUCAGAUGCUUGAUAUUGCCAUUGGCGAGAUUCAUAACUUUGAUGCCCCUAAAAUGGCCAUACCGCCUGAGCACCGCAUGCCUGUGGCGGAUCAGGUACGGAUGCGAUACUUGUUCCAGUGGACCAUUUGA